AUGAUAGUGAAUGCAUGUAUGACUGAUUUUAGAAAAAUAUCAAGUGGAAGUUUGGCUGAAGGACUUGACUUUCCAGGCAGUGACAUAGAUAUAAUGUACAUAUGUAAUGAUAUUGACGUGGUAGAUAAUGUAAGUAACAUCAAACACCCAAUACAACGUAUGACGUGUGUUAUGGAGACCGAAUUUGAUCAUCCUGGCUUUACUAGUCUUAGGGUAAAAGCAAAAGGUGAAGGGUUGGUAAUUGUAGAUUGUCAAUGUAGUCCAGGAACAUGUAGCGGAGAGUGGUUGUAUCUACCACCAAACGAAUUUUCAAAGAAAUAUAUGAAUAGAUGGUCUGUACCGUUAUCAUUACACGGUCCAUGUUUGUCAAACCAAAACCAUACUAUUGAUAUGGCAUUUUGUGUACGGAGUAAAUAUCUACCAAGAAAUGCAAGUUCAUGGGCUAUCCGUCAUCGAUGGCAAUGGCCACCUAAUUUCGUAAUUGACAGGAUACUAAAUUACGGAUGUUUGUUAGUGCCUAUAGGACCGAAGACUUUAUCAGAUCACAAAUCUAAUUUAUGGAGAAUAUCUUUCUCUGUGGCAGAAAAAAUACUUGUACAUUCGUUUAACUUCACUCAGCUUUUAUGUUACGGUCUACUCAAAUUAAUGUUGAAGCGUAUAAUAAACACACACGAUGAAGUCAAAGAUUUAAUGUGCUCUUAUUUUCUGAAGACGGCUUUAUUCUGGGUCUCGGAGGGAGUGAAUAUUAACACUUUCCAAUUAUCGAAAAUAUAUUAUUGCUUUUUCCUCUGUGUUGAUAAAAUAAUUUUAUGGGUAAAAAAAUGUUACUGUCCAAACUAUUUUAUACCAGAACACAAUAUGUUCCUUGGUAAGAUCAAUCAAAGUAACAAUAAAAUACUACUAUGUGUUCUAGAUAGUAUAAUGUUUGGAGGGAUUGAUGGAUUGUUAAAUAGUUUAUUUGCACCGGACAAUGAACAUACUCGUUUAGUUUGUACAAAUAAUGAAUCCUCGUUCAUUAGAUUGGACUUUCUACUUUACAGGAUGUUUGGUACAUGUAACUUGGGCAACAUAAAUUCCGGACCAGAAUGCCCUUUAAGAAUGUAUAACGGACUUGCAAUUACGGAAUCUUUGCUAAAGUCGGAAUCGUCUUCUUUUAUUGUUGAUAUUUGCAAAUAUUAUGUUGCUAUAAUCAGUAAACAUAUAGCACAACAACUUCCUUCGCCAAACACAAUAGGAGAAGCGUACAACAUACGCAAUAUUUAUCAGCGAUAUUUAAAAAACGUCAUUAAGACAGAUGCUUUAUCGGGUUGGCUGUUGUACGCAUCGUACUAUUAUGUGACAGGACAGUUCGAUGUUACACUUAGACUAACAGAUUAUGUUCUAUCAAAAUGUUCACCUAAUAGGAUAGGGCAAGGCAGCCAGUUUUCGGAAAUAUGUUUCCAAAAAUACAGAUAUAAUGUACAUUCUUCAAUGACAUUGAAUGAAAGGGUGACAUUAGCCACCGUCACAGAGGUCAAAUACGUACCGAGAUCAUCAUUAAUACCAGAAGAACUAACGCUGGAUGUAGAACAUCAUUUUAUAUCUAUCUCACCUUGUUUAAUGUCUCACUGUCUUAGAUUUCUAUGCUUUCAUCAUCGUGGUGAUAUAUCCAAUAGACAACUAGCUUUACGUAAUAUAUAUUUAGCAGUAAACGGUGCAAAAAGCAUAACAAAAGAAAAAACAACUGAUUCAUUAACAAUACUUGGAGUAUGUAAUGAGAUAUCGGGAUAUAAAGACGAGGCAUAUGAGUGUUAUGAUCAAGCUUUCUUUUAUAGUAAUUGUAAAUGUUCAGACACAGAAAAAAGGAAAUUGAAAUUGUUAGACAUCUAA